UCAGUACCAGGUGUCUGAUUUAUAUCCAGAUCUUCCUGGUACAGCAGAAUGUAGAGGCCUUCCAACGCCUGAUCCUUGGAACAUGAAAAGAUGUUGUUUUGAAACUGUAAAUAUGUUUGUGCCUUAAAUGAAUGGGAAGAGAGAGGAAAGGAAAUCUCUGACCCACUGUUUUUGAGGGUGAAGGCUCCCACAUAGCCAGGCAUGAGCUCAAUGUAAUCAGGAAAUAACUUUCUGAGGCAACAGCCUCAACCCCUGGAUUGGGUAUUCCUGUGUUUUUCCCUUUUCUCCUCCUCUUGUUCUGAGGCUUCCUAGCAUUAGCUCCUAAGAGACAGAGGUUGGAGAAGAUUCUUGCUAGCCACACAUUUGUGUAUUCUGUUUCUUAGAAGGUGAUGUGUUUUGCAUGUUGUAGCUGAAUGUGCAUGUAGAGCUGCUUGAUUUUUGUCCUUAUUUUUUGGGGAUGGCACUGGGGCAGUUAAAUCAUCAGUGAAAUGUUUACUGAGUACCUCAGCUGGUGCCGUGAAAUCACAGCACCCUUCCUCCUUUGCUGCAGCUCAUUGGGAAAUACCUGCCAUUCAACAAGGAAAGGAGAUAAUAUAUGGCAUAUAGAAACGUGCCCCUUUUUCCUUGUUCUGACCUUCUGUUUGCAGAGAAGGAGAGCUUGGGCUGGAGAGUUUUUUGUGAGAUCAAGUGUAAAAAAAUGUUCUUUAAAGAAACAUGGUAUCUUGUGCCAGAACUUAACUUAUUUCCUGAAAAGAAUUUUUUAGAAGUAUUGGAAUCCAAAGCAAAGAAAUAAGCAUGCAUAAACACACAAUCACCCUUUCACUGUCUAUAUCUAUAAAUAUAAAUAUUUAUAUAUAUAUAAAACUAACAUUAACCAGAAGGUUUUUUUUACCCUCUCAGAUAAGAGCUUCUUGGCUGCUUUUUAGCAGUUUGAUCUCUGCCCAAGGAAACGUGAGAAGAGAGUAUGUUUGAAUAUAAACAGGGUUCAAAUAUUUUGUAUUUUACAGGACUCUGCAGGAGUAAAAUACCCAGUUAGGGACUGGCAGGAGGGAGGUUUCUCAGCACGUUCGUGUGCUAGAACUGUAGCUGGGGAGUUCAGGAGCCAAAUCUUAGGGCUUCUGGUGGAGACAUUUUUAGACAUUAAUUUGUUGCAGGCAUCUUGUGUGGGCAACUCAUCACAUCACUAUGUAUGUGAAGAGAAAGGCUUUUGAAGUAUUUUGUAUUCUUGUUACCUAUGGGGCAGAGAGGAACCAUUUGUAGUGUUUUUACCCUGUUUGAAGAGGCAGCAUAAAGGGAUGGGACAUGAAUGACAAAGCCAUUGAUUCUUUCUAGGCUACUUCCCAGUGAUCUCUUCAGGCCAAAUAUUUAAUAAAGGUCUGAGCUGAGAUGAAGAGAGUAGUUAUAUCUAGGAUAAAACUCUCCACAGCCUAAAAAAAUCAAGACAGAAAACCUUCCUUCUCUGCUGGACCAGCAGUCUGGGUAUUCAGAUGAAAAUGUCGAUAUACUAUGUAAACCUACAGCAAGAUUAUUUUUAUCAGCUGUUUUAUGUGUAGAUGCUAUAGUGUGAGUUCAUGCGGAAAUAUUGCUAAAAAUUUUUAAAAAUAUAGAUGUUGUGCGUGCGUGUGUGUGUGUGUGUGUGUCUGUGCGCGUGUGUGAACGGCAGUGUUUCAUUCGGAGUCUGUCCCUAAGGGAGCCCAUGUGGAAUGCACUCCUGCUGUCAGUGCAAUGCUGGUCAGCUGCCUGCAGACUGAGCAGGAUGCUGCACUUGAAAGAAAAGAUCUGCUAUUUUGUUUCUACCCAUGAAUUUUGCUGUAAUUGGUUAUGCCAGAUAAGAUGUCACAAUACCACUGGUUAAAAAUAAAAUUUAUUUUUCAGAUUUACUGCACUGAUGGUACUUGCAAACCUCUUACACUAAAGUGUUUGUUUUAGCAUGGUGUGUGCUGUAAGAGAUCCUGUGUGUGAUGGCUGGGGCGGGAGUCGAGGCUGUGUCUUGGUGGCUGACUCUGCUGACAUGGAGCUUCUUGUCUUUAUUUGUCCCAAGUGAAUUCUUUGCUUAGCUUAGAGUCUGACUGUGAGUAUGGAAUGCAGAAAAAAAGCCCCACCUUUUAUUUUCUGUUUAGCGCAGGGAAGCAAUAAUUCAGCACAAAUAGACAAGCAUUCUGCUGCUUACCUGGCCCUGGGACCCUUCCCCAGUAGGACUGGUUUGUGCUUGUUUGCUAUUUAAAAGUGAUUUUUUUUUUUUCCCUCUUCAGUUGCCAUCUAGUUGGUGGUGGAAAGAUCUGUACCAUAGCGGAGCUUUUCCAACUUCUAUUGUGUAUCAGAGCUACUUACUCAGAAGAACUCAGAUUGAGCAAAGCUGUGUUCUUCACACUGGCACAACCCUCAGUCACUGAAGUUCCUAGGCCAUGAUGAACCAGGGGGGUUGUGUUGAUCCCAGUCAGGCAGCUGAUCCCCACAAUGUGUGCGCAGAGCUGUGCAGCAGCUGAUUUGAGGAAGUACAAAAAACAGUGAGGGGGUGUUCUCUCAGCUCCAUGAGCCUUCUUGUUGGCUUUUACCAUCUGUUGGCCUAGGUGCAAACAGAGGAGAGGGAGCAAAAAGCCUAAACAGGACCAGUCAUUUGUUGUUUUCUGGGAAAAAAAUUCAGAACGCCCAAGAUGUACAAUUCCAGAAUGUGCUUGGUUACAAUAUAUCCUGGUUAGCAAAAAAAACCCCAAAAACCCACUAAAAAUAAGUGAGAAUUUAAUGGGGGGGGGGGGAAAUUACACCUAUAAAAUCAAAUUACUCUCAUGAAGCUUAACAGUCAGUGUGCAGCCCUUGCAAAUUGUUGUCCAACUAUGCUCUAGUCAAUGGUAGGGCCAUCACAGGUGAGAACAACAUACUGGGAGUCUGGGUAGGUCCAUGAUGAAAUGUCUAUUACUAGAAGGGAAGCAAUGGUAAAAAUUGUAACUUAUCAUCACCUCUAGCUGCACUGUCAAGGUGCCUGGAGAAGAAUGUAUGGGUCAUCCCAUCACUUCUUUUGGUGGAUGUGGCAGAGUUAGGUUUGCGAUUAGAUUUGACCUUCAAGAUUAUCUUUUCCAACCAAAAGGUUUCUAUGAAUCUAAAAUUUGCUGUUUGAUUUGGUCACUUGAAUUAACUCAUAUUUUUACAGCCCAGGCAUGCUGCAGCUAUUUAGGACUCCUUAAUUGCGUGCUGAUUACCUUCAUGUGCACAAGUAGUUGAGCAAGAGUUGCAUUCAUCAAAUAACCAAGGAGUUACAUGUUUGCUUAUGGACCAGGAGUUUUUGCUGUGACACUUCUUGCUCACAGGUGUAUUUAUAGAACCCAGCCAAGCAGAUGGUUCAUUUCCUGACUGUGCUGUUGCUACAGCCAGGGCUGAUUUACACAGAUAUGCAUAAGCAGGGUUAAAAUACUACCAUAAUGCCUUGUCCCUAGCUUGUAUUUUACAAAGCAGCAGGCUGUGCCUGUGGCUGUAGCAUGAUUACUUGAAGAACAUAAGGGUCAAUGCUGAUGGGUAUUGCAGUGGUUGCCUGUAAGCAGGAACAGUGAAUCUUUCCCAACCUCCAGUAGUGCUUUUUGCGUAUUUUUCAUUUGCCAGGUAGCUUGGCUCUAAUUUUGCUGCACAGAUAUUCUUGGAGCAGGGACACCUUUGCAGAUUACCUGUAUGGAAGGAGCAGAGGCUCUAGGCAGGGUGGAGGGCUGGUGAGGUAGAACACUGUGUAAGCAGCUAGGCUGGCUUGGUAAGGCACAGCUUAGUCACUUCCUUUGGGAAGCAUGUAGGAUGCACCUACCUCCUGCGUGGGAGCCCUGCCUGAGCCUCCUAAUGUUGGAGCAAAAUGUUGAGGUGCCAUCUGCUUACUAGGAAUGGACCUUCUUGCAGGCUGGGUUUGCUGGUCUGGCCUGGUCAUGGUAGGCAUAGCAGUGAACCUGGGCUCUGUGCUGUCCGUGAAGACCCCAAGAAAGGGUUAGACCUGCUGUGGGAGAUGAAAGCAGAUGCAGCAAACAGUUCUCAGGAUGUUCCCAUCUCACAGAUGCUCCUGAACCUCCUCCCAGUAGUCACUUGGAUAUAGGUGGAGAACCUCAGCGUACUUUCAGCAUGUCCCUGCGCUGCUGGGAAGCCAGACUUUGGAGAACAUUGCCAUUGCCUCCUUGCUCUUUUAUGGACGUAACACUGUGUGUUCUUUGUCAUGAGGCUGGAACUGUCCUUCAUCAGCUUUAAAGAAGAAUGUCCCUGCUUGUCUGACGAGGUGCUGUGGCUUGUCCCUCAGAUUCCCCAGCUUGACAAGUCCUUACUCAUCCACUUGUUUGGAGGACGGAUUUCAUGAGACCCCCUCCAAGCUGCAUGAGGAUAUUUCUUGGCUUGUGAAGGCAGGAGAGUAAGAGCUCCAGGUGACAGGGCUCCCGGGGGUGUGCCUGAGCAGGGCUGGGUGCUCCACUCCUAUAGCAGAGCCCAGAGGCACCUGUACAAGACUGAGGCGUGUCGGAAAACCUGAUGCCUCACCUCUGCCAAUGUGGAGGCGGAGGGAGGAGGGCCAAAAGACAUGUCCCUUCACGCUCGCAACAGCUGAAAACAGAGAAGGAAACUCGCUGGAGCCUUUUUUACCAGCGCAGGAGGCCUCACAGUCGCGCUCUCACCCCAGAGACCCUCCCGUACUCCAGUACUCUGGGGGGGUGGCACUCCCACACCCGUCGGGCGAUGAACAUCGCAAGGAGAAGAGGCUUUUACAGACAGGAGGUGAACAACACCCUCUGGGAGCUGCCCAGGAGAUACACGUCCCUCCACCCGCUGGGGUCUGGAGCCUACGGCUCGGUGUGUUCAGCCAUAGACAAGAAGACAGGGGAGAAAGUGGCUAUCAAGAAGCUCUGCCGCCCAUUCCAGUCAGAGAUCUUUGCCAAGAGAGCAUACAGAGAGCUGAUGCUGUUGAAGCACAUGCAACAUGAGAACGUCAUUGGGCUGCUUGAUGUCUUUACCUCCACUGCCUCCUACCAGGGGUUCCAGGACUUCUACCUGGUGAUGCCAUACAUGCGGACAGAUUUACAAAAGAUCAUGGGACAUGAAUUCAGUGACGAAAAGAUCCAGUACCUGGUCUACCAAAUGCUGAAAGGGUUGAAGUAUAUUCAUUCAGCUGGCAUCAUACACAGGGACCUGAAACCAAGUAACCUGGCUGUGAACGAAGACUGUCAGCUAAAGAUUUUGGAUUUUGGCUUGGCCAGACAUGCUGAUGCUGAAAUGACUGGCUAUGUGGUUACACGAUGGUACAGAGCCCCAGAAGUCAUCCUGAACUGGAUGCAUUACAACCAGACAGUGGAUAUCUGGUCUAUUGGCUGUAUCAUGGCAGAAAUGCUGACUGGGAAAACGCUGUUUAAAGGCAAAGACUACCUGGAUCAACUGACUCAGAUCCUGAAAGUAACGGGGCAUCCAGGAGAAGACUUCUUGGAGAAGUUGGAGGAUAAAGCGGCUAUGAGUUAUAUCAAGUCCCUUCCUAAAAUCCCCAAGAAAGAUUUGUCUGUGCUUUUCCCUAAAGCAAAUCCUCAGGCUGUGGACCUGCUUGACAAGAUGUUGCAGCUUGAUGUGGAAAAGCGCCUUACAGCCACAGAGGCAUUGGCUCACCCCUUUUUCGACCAGUUCCGAGAUGUCGAGGAGGAGACAGAAGCACAACAGUCCUAUGAUGAUUCUCUGGAACAUGAAAAGCUUUCAAUAGAUGAGUGGAAAAAGCUUAUUUACAAGGAGAUCUUGUCCUUCAGUCCCAUUGCACGGAAGGAUUCCAAGAAGCAAAGUGGGAUGUCAUUAUAGUGACUGAUGCAGCUGUGGCUGGGAUUCACUUCUCCUCGACGACAGAUGGGAUUUAUUCCACACUGCCUUGCUAGUGGCUAUCGUUUGGCCUGUGGGACUUCUCUGUGUGUCAACACAAGGAUGGCACUAUGCUGUGGGUAUUGAACUUUGUUCCACCAAAAGAGAAGCACUCCAGACAGUUUUCAACAUAAAAGAUAAAUAUAUUCUUGUUGAAACUU